GAACGUUGUGAUUCCUACCUUUCGGUUUAUCCACCUCGAUCUCCAUGGGCGAAGGAUUGAGAUACGCUCAAUCAGCACGCGGAGGUCGGAGCCAUCGCCACCAAUUUCACCUAGGAACCUCUGAUGCGAGUGGGACGUAUGUAAUCCAUAUCGGGCUUAGCAGACUUACUAUCCGAGCAGAUAUACGUCGAGGUGCCUCUUCCUCUCUGCCAACAUACGAGGUGUAACCAAUGUCGUUAAUGAAAGUCCAUCCUCAGGCAGCGGAGUAGACAGGAAAAUUUUCCAUUGGGGUUCCCAAGCCUCACAUAGUACCAAUCUUCAUCGCUGGCCUCAUGUUUGAGGGACGAAUCCCCUUCUCGGUGGACUUACUUGCAAUUCGGCACUGGUAGACUAUCCCGGAUUCAUGGAAUCGCAAUUUUUUCCUGACCUUAUACACUCGUGUCGCCUGAGUUAGUUCACCGUAAUAAUUCAUUGUCUUCAAAGUGGGCAAGGUGAAUGCGCAAUUUUAUAUCGGAGACUGAAGUUACUCUUACCAGUUCCUCAUAGGAGGCGAGUAAGACCCCCUAGAACCCUAUGAUGACGACGGGACUUACCUAAUCCGCACCAGGUUUAGCAGACAGUAUUCAAUCGGAUGUAACCACCGUCAUUACGAGUCUAACCUAAAGCAUUGGAGCAGGCAGGAAAAUUUCCUACUGAAGCUUCCAGGCCUUCCGUAGUAUCAUGUUCAAGAGAUGACUCCCUUUUCCGGUCGAAUUAUUUGCUCUCCGGCAUUGAAGAGCCAUACUGACUUCAAGGGAUCGACACCAUCUCCAGAGUUUUGACGUUCACGUCGGUGGAGUUAUUCCAGCGUCAAGCCACUUUUAGUUACAACAUUUGUAAACCACUGCCACACAUAUUUUACUAAGACUCCGAACGUUUCUCACAUUUAGUAGGAUUGGUUGGGGGUUUAAGGAUGAACAUUGUGUGGUGUGCUCGCAGUGAUCACCUGGCGAUCUGGCUAUCGAGUGUCUGCUAAUCUCGGAUAUUAGUGCCAAGUACCAUGCCGACACCGACCUCCUAAACCUGCACAUCCACAUCCUUUCCAUAAUUGGAAAGUUAGUUACCUCCUAGGAGGGGAACAAGACCCCCUUAGAACCCUCUAAUGCCCUAUCUAAUUCCUACCAGACUUGUCAGACUUGGUACUCGAGCGGAUAUACGUAAGUGUCUACUCCUCUUCCCCAGCAUGCGGAAUGUAGCCACUGUCGCUACAAGUCCAACCUUAGGUUGGGCAGGCAGGAAGAUUUCCCACUAGGGCUCCCAGGUCUCCCGUAAUAGUAGCAGUCUCCAUCACUGGUUCGAUGUUCUUGUUACCAAUCCUUCUCCCGGUGGAAUUACGUACUUACACUCCGGCAUUAGUAGUCACUCCGAGUUCAUGGGAUUGCCACCUUCCCCUGAUCCCUAACACUCAUGCCGCGGCAGAGCUACUUCAGGGUCCAAUCCCUUUUAGUACAAGGGCCGAGGCCAGAUUCGCGAAUCUCUGCCACAUAUCUUUUACUAAGCUCCAAACUUUUCUCGCUUUUAGUGAGAUUGGUUGUGGGUUUAAGAGCGAACGUCGUGGGGUGGUCGCAGUGAUCGGCCUCGGCUGCUUACGUUGCACAUCUGGCGAUUUGGCUAUAGAGUGACUCGCUGAACUAGGAUACUAGUGCCCAGGUACCAUACCUGACACCUGCCCGGCCUGUUGAUAUUUUUAGGAGUCAAAAUGUAAAAUUGUACCAAGGGCUGAAUGAGAAAGUAUUAAAAGUUCUUUCAUUGUGAUCAAAGUGCGUAGUUUUAGUGCGUUAGGUAGUUCAGUUUUGUGAUCAACAACUGAUUUUGAGUUAUGGUGUUAGUUUUUGUGGAGUACUCUGUGUACAAAACAUGCAUAUGUGAUGACGUCAUUUGAUGCAAUAGCUACCGCGUGCUGCGAUGUCAAAUGUUGCCAUCGUGUCUUUCGUUAUUCCGCCGGCAUCUUUGGCACCGUGGCCCACAUAUCCGCUGCAAGCGAAGGUGAUUCCCUUCCUUGUUUCGUCUGCAUCGGCUUAUUACGUGUGCAUAUCGCUUGGAGCAAUAGCGGAAGAAGGAUGGCAUAACGCGCUUUAUGCAACAGAAGCGUACUGCGUCACACCGCACUGGCGGCCAACGGAUUGCGUCCAAUCACGGCCGAUGCCGGCUCGCUUAAACGCUUGCGUACGCGAAGCGAUGCGAUUACAAGCGGGUACGUACGAACCUGUCGUUCUGCAACUAUCCGGCUGUCGAAUUUUUGCCAGUAUCGUGGCUCAGUCCGGUUAGUACGUUCGUCGUGGCGUAGAUAGAAUUUCCCGGUGUACUCUUACCGUUUAGUGUAGUCGUAGUUUUGAGUCUGUUAAAUAUAUACAAAGUUUGUGGUUAUGAUGGAUCCCCAGGGCCAAGAGAUCGUCGCCGUAGGGUCCCCCGCCGAGGUACCGAACGAUCCAGGAAAAAUGUUUAUCGGGGGGCUGAGUUGGCAGACAAGUCCAGGCCUAACAAAAGAAAGUCUGCGCGAAUACUUUAGCAAAUAUGGCGAUAUUACAGAAGUUAUGGUAAUGAAAGAUCCUGCAACGCGGCGGUCGAGCAACGUUGUUGAGGCACCGGCUCCCCUAGGGAUCCCGGUCACUGGCGCUCCCCGACUCCUGGUGCCCAGGGGCUUCGGAUUUAUCACCUUCGCAGACCCAUCUAGCGUAGAUAAGGUAUUAGCACAAGGCACACACGAGCUAGAUGGUAAAAAGAUUGACCCUAAAGUAGCAUUUCCUAGGAGAGCACACCCAAAGAUGGUAACCCGGACGAAAAAAAUAUUUGUUGGAGGUUUGUCAGCACCCACAACUCUAGAAGAUGUUAAGAGCUACUUCGAACAGUUUGGACCGGUAAGUAAUUAUUUUUAAUAUUUACCUACUUAUGUAUUAUAAGUGGGACAAAUUAAGAAGUAAUCACCACAUGCAUUUGUCGACAUUUUGAAGAGUCCCUU